AUGGCAAACUAUCCAAACCCAUAUUCGGCCGUGAUCGACACGUUCAGCCAACAGCCGUCAUCCAAGGACACACCCGGAGCUGAACCAGGAGCUGGAGCAGGAGCAGGAGCAGGGACAGGGGCAGGAUCGGGACCAGGAGUACCGAUCACGACGACGGAAGAAGACGAAGAUGAUCCUCAGAACUUGCCGGACGAUGAUCUAAUGCUGUGGGCGAGUGCACAAUUCACGUUCGAUAACCCCACGGAAAAGGAUCUCGAGGACGAGAUAGCCCUUAAGAUCGCUCAGAGGCAGCAGCAGCAGUAUCAGGCACAGCAGCGGGCACAACAGCAGCAGCAGGGGCUUCAGUAUCAGCAACAACAGUUUGUUCAGAAUCAACAGCUACAACAACAACAGCAGCAGCAACAGCGGUCGCAUCAUCCGCAACCGCCGCACGCAUACGCAGUGCUGCAGCAACAGCCUCUGCCACAACAACUACACCAACAACACCAACAGCACCACCUGCAUCAUCAACAGCAGCAGCACCAGCCAUCUCACGCGCCUCAGUACCACCCUGCAGAUGUGCAACGACACUUGCAGCAAUUUGACGCCAUCCACGGCUAUCUUGAUGCAAGCUCUGAAGAUCCACGGACAUCGCUCUCGCUCGUGGAACGAUCGCGUCAGCGCAACCCUAUCCCAUCCAACAACAACAACAACAACAACAACAACAAUAGCAAUAGCAAUAGCAAUAGCAACGAUACAACCUUGAUCUCCCAACAUCAACCACAGCAAUUACAAUACGAUCCUCGCGUGCACCACCCCCGCCCUGCAUACACUCAGCAGCACGGCCCAGGUUCAAGUACACCGCACCAUCUGCUUCAACACCAGCAGCAGCAGCAGCCAUUCCACCCGUACAACAGCAAUAACGGCAGUAAUAACAAUACUACUCCUAGCACCGCAUCCCCACUCCCCUCUCCAACUGUCAUACACGACUUUCACCACCUCCAGAUCCAUCCACACCACCACCACCACCACCACCACCACCAACAACAACAACAACAACAACAACAACAACAACACCACGCGCAUCCGCACCCACACUCACGUCCUCAUCAGCAACUCGAACCCAACAGCAGCAGCAGUGGGAGUGGGAAUGGGAGUAACACCAACAGGAUCACGGCCUCGGCUCGGUCACGUCUACUGGUCUCACAUGAAGAAAAACUCCAACAGCUCGAGAACGAACUUGAAGAGUACCAAUCCGAACUCGCCGAAGAACGUAAACUCCUCCUCCAACAACAACAGCAACAACAACAACAAGGCCAAGAAGACUCGACCUCGCCCACCAACAACAGCUGUACCGCCAUGGACACAGACGACCCCUCCCCUCAUUCCAUCAUCACCACCACCACCACCGCCGCCGCUGCCGCUGCCGCUGUCGCCGCCAGGGACGGCAGUGUCGAAACCGACGACCAAGACCCCGCCGCCGCCUCCUCAUCCUCCUCCUCCCAAAGCCGAAGCCGCAGCAACAGCCUCCUCUCGCCCACGCAGGACGAGCCCGAGUACUUUUCCAAGCUCGCUGCAGAAGAAGACAAGCGUCGCCGCAACACCGCAGCCUCUGCGCGGUUCCGUCAAAAGAAACGACUCCGUGAACAGAUCCUCGAGAAGACCGCUAAAGAAAUGACCGCCAAAUCCGAGCUUCUCGAGGUCAGGGUCAAGGAACUGGAGAUGGAAAUCAAGUGGUUGAGGGGGUUGAUCGUCGAUAAGGAUGCGUCCAGGGUUUUGCUCGAGGGUAAAUCAUCCCUCGUUCCGGGUCUGGCGUUUGGGGCCGGGGGCUUGGUAGGAGUGGCUAGUAAUGGCAAUAGUGGUGGUGGUGGGGAGACGAUAUCGCCGGCGGUGUUGAUGAGUAGGCAGCUCGGAGGUGCUGGUGCCGAGGGUCCUGCAAAGGCGAUACCGAGAAGAAGGAAAGCGCCGUAG